AAAAUGGUGGGCGGGGGAGGGAUUUGUAGCUAUACUACCUAUAAUAUUUUGUUAGAACUUUCAGGAAAAGGUGGAUAGACACACACACACAUACACACACACACACACACACACACACACACACACACACACACACACACACACACACAAAGAAAAAACAAAGAGUGGGCUACCUAAAGUUUUACUCAUGUAUGAUUUUUCUAAUAUACUUAGACAGGUUUUAAAAAUGAAAAGACACCAAACUAAUUUGAAUAAGUACAUUUUUACUUGCCUCGUAAUCUUGUUGCUAUGGAGAUUCACAGAGGUGAAAAUGAAAGUAAAGUGGUGGUUGGGUGGAUCCUGCUCUACUUCCAUUUCUGUCCAUUUGGAGGUUUAGGUUUGCACACUCACAGAUUUCUGUUCAGAGUUAUCCAGCUCAGAAGUAUUUGUAGUUACACCCACUUGAGAAGGAUUGUAACUUAUUGCAGUGUCACUUGAUCUGAAGCACAAUGCUGUCUCAAUCUGAUGACGAUUGCCUAAUAACAGAGGAGGAAAUGAAACAGCUUAUUGAAACUAUAUCUACUCAGGAUAUCACAUCAGCAGCAAACACGAUCAACGAAUACCUCAAACAGCAAGAUCGUGUUGAGCUAAAUAUUGGUGUGACGGGGGAGUCUGGUUCUGGAAAGUCCAAAUUUGUCAAUGCUUUUAGAGGCUUAGGGGAUGAAGAAGAGGGCUCUGCCGAAACAGGUGUAGUGGAGACCACUAUGAAACCUGAAGUUUACUGUCACCCAAAAUACAAAAAUGUAAAAGUGUGGGAUCUCCCUGGCAUUGGAACACCAAACUUCAAAGCUGAAAAUUACCUUAAACAGGUUGAGUUUGACCGCUAUGAUUUUUUCAUCAUCAUUGCUUCAGAGCGGUUUAGAGAAUGCCACACCCAGCUGGCCUCGGAAAUCAUGAGAAUGGGGAAGAAAUUUUAUUUUGUCCGUUCCAAGAUUGACGUUACAAUUGAUGGUGAAAAAAAUAAAACAAGCUUUGACAAGGAAAAGAUCCUGGAUACCACUUGGAAGGACUGUGAAAAUGGACUGAGAAAAAUUGGCCUAGAGGACCCUGUUGUGUUUUUGAUCUCUAGCUCUGAGCUUGGCAGCUUUGAUUUCAAUCUACUGCAGGAAAGGAUCGCUAAAGAGCUUCCUCAGCAUAAGAGACAUGUGCUGAUUCUGUCUUUGCCAAAUAUCACACUGGAGAUUAAUGAGAGAAAGAAGAAAGCUCUAAAGAAAAACAUUGGAAGAAUUGCCUUCGUAUCUGCUUGUGUGGCAGCAGUUCCUGUUCCUGGUCUUUCGAUAGCUGUGGAUUUAGCCAUCAUAGUAAAUGAGAUAAGAACGUACUGCAACGCCUUUGGUCUGGAUAAGAAAUCUCUGCUGAAUCUCUGCAAAAGAUCUGGGAAGAGCAUAGAAACUCUGGACAGUCUUAUGACCUCAAUCUGGCAUAAAGGAUUAUGCACAAGUUCAGUGUUAUCUAUGCUGAGUGUGGCAUCAGUUUUAAUAACAGAAGAUGUUGUUGAGCGUGUCUUUACCUUUAUACCCAUUUUAGGCUCUGUUGUGGCAGGGGGUCUGUCUUAUUUGACUGUCUCAAUAAUGCUCAAGAAAGCUCUGAAUGAUAUAGCAGAAGAUGCAAGAAAAGUGCUAAUGGCUGCCCUGGAGACUGACCUGGAGAAAUGUAAAUAAACAUGUAUAAUUAGACAGAAUUAUGGAGGAUGUUCUCUGUCUUUACAUGUGAAAUUUACUCAUCUAUCUCCUCCGGAAAUUACACACAAUUUCAGUAGUGACUUGAGUAAAAAAAUAAAAAAAUCUCACUGCCUACCACUGGUCAAGCUGGCAUAGAAGAAAGUGUUUUAAAAUAUCAACAAUUAGAGACUUCACCUUUAGGCACUUGGUUUUAGGGUUUAUAAACGUAUAAACAGUAAAUCAAUCAUAAUUUUAAACAGUUAUCUCGCCUUCAAACGUUACAUUUGUUUUGAUGUUGUUUUCUGGCCUGAUUUUUUUAAUGUGUUGGUAUGGGUAUAUUUUUUAAGCUACUGUUGUAAUUGACUAAUAUUGUUAUCCUUUUGAAUAUAUUUGCCAUAUGAGCUUGAUUGUAUUGCUUACUGUGUCUUUAGCUUACAUGUCUGAGGUCACAAGUAAAGCCUCUGCUUCAUACAGUAUUUGAGGAUGUUACUUCUGUUUGAGGAUGUUUUUGUAUCAACAGUUUUUCAACUUUGAAAAAAGAUAUAAGUCUGUAGAUAUAAAAUGUAUUUGUUUGAAUCAUAAUACUUUUUCAUUUAGUAUUUCAAUUAUCACAUAACCCCAUUACAAUUAUAGGUUUUAUGAAUGUGAAUGUAACAUCAAAUUUUGUGUUCUUCUUGUUCAAUUGUAUCCUCGACUAUUACAGUAUGUAUAAUAAAAAAUGUAUUAUUAUGUAUAUUAAGUUCAAAAUAAAGUAAUCAAAAGUA